AUGUCGACGCCAAACAACUGCACCAUCGCCACCUGCUCCGUCAAAGAAUACGGCCAGAUCGCCUACAUCCCAAGCUUACCCGGCAAUGCCAUCUACGCGAGCAUCUUCGGACUCCUCCUGCUGCUGCAAAUCCUCCUGGGGAUCAGGUACAGGACAUGGGGCUUCCUGGUGGGCAUGGCAUGCGGGAUCGUGCUCGAGAUCGUGGGCUACAUCGGGCGACUGAUGCUCUACAACGACAUCUUCGACAAGAACUCGUUCAUCAUCUACCUGAUCGGGUUGACCAUCGGGCCCGCCUUCUUGACGGCGGCCAUCUACCUGUGCCUAAGCCGGAUCAUCACCAUCUUCGCGCUCGAGCUGAGCCUGUUGAAGCCCAGGACCAUCGCCUGCAUCUUCGUCGCCUGCGACUUUAUCUCUUUGGUCCUCCAAGCGGCGGGCGGCGCCAUUGCGUCCACCGCCAAUGACGACAACACGAACCAGCUCGGCAUCAACGUCAUGAUCGCAGGCCUGGCGUCGCAGGUCGUUUCGCUGGCCAUUUUUAUCGCCCUCUGUGGCCAUUUUGCCUGGAAGGUGUUCAAGAACCCACAAAAGCUCAACCCGGAGCAUGCUCUUCUUCGCAACACGCGCCGCUUCAAGGGCUUUUUGAUCGGUAUCGCAGUCGCCGUCAUCACCAUUACAGUACGAUCGAGCUACCGCCUCGCCGAACUCCAAGACGGCUUCAACGGCCAGCUCGCCAACGACGAAGUCACAUUCAUGAUCCUCGAGGGACCCAUGAUCAUCAUUGCCGUCACGGGCCUGACUGCCUGGCACCCGGGCCUUGUCCUGGGACAAAAAUUAUGGUCAGAUGCCGGCUUCCACUUCCGGACGAAGAAGGCAUCCCUGAGCCAGUACAAGGAGGUCCACGACAGCAGCACGGAGCAGAUUGCCAUGUCGCCACUUUCGCGCGUGUAA